AUGGCUACUGGUGAGUCAUUUCGAUCGCUAUCGUUUAGUUUUCGAAUAUGUCAUACAUAUAUAAGCAGAAUUGUGAAGGAAACGUUACUGGUUUUGAAAAAAAGUUUAAAACCGAUAUUUUUACCAGAUCCAAGUGAAGUUGAUUUCAAAAAGAAAGCAAAUGAAUUUUGUUACAAGUGGAACUUUCCCAAUUGCAUUCUGGCCAUUGAUGGCAAGCAUAUUAGAGUUCGGAGUCCAGAUAAUUCAGGGUCAUUAUUCCAUAAUUAUAAAGAUUUUUUUUCCGUCGUUUUGUUGGCAAUGGUCGAUGCUAACUGUAAAUUUGUGGUGGUGGAUAUAGGAUCGUAUGGGAAAGAAGGAGACAGUGGUAUUUUUCUCAAAUCCAUUAUGGGGCAACAGAUUUUAAAUGGAUCAUUUAGUUUUCCAGAGGAUUGUUCUCUUCCAGGUUCUGAUAUAAUUGUCCCGCAUGUAAUCGUUGGGGAUGAAGCUUUUCGUCUACACACGCAUAUAAUGAAACCCUACUCGAGAAAAUCAAGCAGAGACGAUUCUACAAAAACGGUAUUCAAUUAUAGACUUAGUCGAGCUAGACGUGUGACUGAAAACGCGUUUGGUUUGCUAAGCCAAGUUUUUCGUGUUUUUUAUCAACCCAUUAACCUCGAAAUGUCGACUUGUGACGACUUGGUAUGGGUAGCUUGUAUCUUACAUAACAUGUUAAGGGAUGGUUAUUUGGAAAAUAACAAACGCCCAUACUACGAAUAUGAUCAUGAUCAUGACUUACCUUCCAACAGCAUGUUAUCUAUACGUAGAGGAGGUGGAUUUUUACACGCAAACGGAUUCGAGGUGAGAGAACGAUUUAAAACAUUUUUUAAUAAUGAAGGAUCAGUAUCUUGGCAGAGAUAA